AGAAAAAGAGCUGUUGUAGCAACAGUGUGAGGGCGGUAAAUUAAGGCAGUUCUGGUAAAAAAUUUUAUACUGUGUAGCUGAUAUCCUUGACUUCAAAAUGAGUGACAUCUACGCCACCUGUGAGCGCUAUGAGUCUACCUGCAAACUGUUGGAUGUACAGCCAAAUACCUACGUGAAAAAGAUGCUGGAGAGGAAAAAGCGAGAUGAAAAAGGAGGAAACACAGAAGGUGAAUCUUCAGCGACCAUGUAUUUGUACCUAGCUGGCAACAACAAGCUGUUGACAGAUAUACGUUUAGGAGAUAAGGAUGUGGAGGUGUUGUGUGAGGCUCUGAUGAGCAAUCUGUACAUUUCUACACUCGACCUCCGCUACAACAACAUCACAGACAAAGGAGCUGAACACAUCGCUAACCUCCUCAAGGAGAACGUGGCAAUAACAGAGCUGAAUCUGAUGUGUAAUGAUCUGACAGAGGUAGGGGCAUCUUACCUAGCUGAGGCUCUACAGGAGAAUAAAGUGUUGCUGUCCAUCCGAUUAAAUGGAAACAAGAUCGGUAACAAAGGAGGGAUGUACUUUGCUCAGGCUCUCCAGGUUAACACGACAUUAGAGAGCUUGGACCUAGCCGAAACUGACUUGACCAUUGAGAGUAUAAUAGCCCUGUCCACUGUUCUGCACAACAACAAGACACUGAAAUGUCUGAAUGUGAACAGACCUAUCCUGUUCACACAUCAAGAGGAAACCACCAUCCAUUUUGCCAACCUUCUGAAAGUGAAUCGAUCAUUGGAAGAACUCCAUUUGCAGAAGUAUGACAUGAGGGAUUUCGGAGCAACACGGCUGGCUGAGAAUCUCAUGGAGAACUUUACCCUGACGUAUCUUGAUCUCAGCUGUAACCGAAUCACCAGGGAUGGUAUGAAGCAGCUGGCAAAGGUGCUGAAGAACAACACAGCACUAAAGGUGUUAGACUUGGGUAACAACAGACUGGAGGAUGACGGCGCCUUUCAUCUGGCUGAAGCCCUCACCACCUACAAUACCACUCUACACACACUUGUCGUCGUCUCCAAUAACAUCAGAGGGAAAGGAUUAUGUGCUCUGGCUGACAUCAUGAAAGUGAACAGCUCGUUGGUCAGCCUGUUUAUAUGGGGGAAUGUACUGGAGGAGUCUGCUUGUAUUGCGUUCGCAAACUUGAUUGAUUCUGGGAGGUUGGAGCCCCAAAACACUGACGUAAAGCCCUAUGUUGUGGAUGGAGUGACAUACUUAUGUGAGCUGAAUAACAGCAUCAGUCGGCAUUACUACGUGGCUCCAAGUUACGGGGAUGAUGUCCCGAGCUGGCAGCCAAGGGGACUUAACCCACGAAGUUUGGAGGAGAAAACCAAAGCUCGCAAGCGCCCUUUGAUGAGUGAUUCAGCAGGCUCUGAUUCACAUUUGUAUUUAGUUUUGUGUCCCUGACCAGUCUGUGAUAAGCUUUUUUACAUUUUCAUUCUA